UGAACGGUACGGUUUAGCGCUGGCUGCUAAAGAGGUAGAGCUUUCUUGUCUGUCCGUCUUUUUUUCUGUAGCAUCACUGAUACUUGCAGAAAUAUCAUUAGCACUCUUCCGUGGAUAUCGACAAAAAUCCAUUCGUCGUCAUUAUUUCUUCCGUGGCUCUUCUUGAAGUGUUCCAUCGGAGUGCUGAUUGACCAGUUUCGACGGAAACGGAAGCGUUUCUUAUUUAUUUGGAAUGGUAAAUGAUCCGUGAAUAAAAAUACCAACAAUUAUUCGAAACUUUCUCUGACGAAAAAAAACUGCAAGCGAAGUGAUUAUCUAUAGUUUUGCGUAAGUAGGAAUUCGGAAAAAAGUAGACGGUGCGUAAUUUAUUUGUGUGAUUUGUACUCUGAUGAAAAAACGACAGUGCGUCAUAAUAAUUGGUUUAGGGUUUAUCGAUCCAUUGUUUUAAAAAGGUUACAUUAUAAAUUGGAUCUGAUAACAAAGAAGAAGAGUGCCAAAAAGAGUUACGACUGGAAGUUUUUUUUUUGCCAUUAAAAGAGAGAGAAAGAGGUUACCCGAAGAUGAGAUAUGCAAACAUGGAAAAGAAAAAGUAAAACGUAAACAAAAAUAUUGAAAAGACAAAAUCUCCAGUGGUGUAACAUGAGCCAAAACAACAUAUAGGCAGCAUAAAACAUAAAGUGGUAUGAGUGACAAUUUCCGAACGAACGACGAUGUGGUGCCAUCUAGUAGGCAGUUUAUUAUACUAGAAAGUAAUUGACAGAUUUCUCUCAAGCUAGUUCACGGGACACUCGCCAGGUGUUUUUUGACGUUACAACUUACGAACACCAUUUAAAUCACUCUGUGUUGGAUUAGUGACUAAAGCAACAAAGGUCCAGCAACGUACCGUAGCAACAGAAAAAAACUAAUAGUACUGUUAUGUGCGUAUUCGUGCGUAACUUUAUGUAGUGGAACGCUAUCACGAAUACCUCCUCGUAGAACACGGAUCAGCUGUGGAGUAGUAGAGUGUAUCUUUCUAGCAGUCGAUCGUUGUUACUUGAGGUGCUGCCAUCAUCGGCGUAGUAUUUUUGCCAGAUUGGUUGGAACAGUUAGCGAAGAGGAGUAGGAGGAGUAAUAACGCAAGUGAGAGCAGCAGCCACAAAGUCUAGAGACGGAUUUGCGACUAGCACGUACGGUUUUUUUUCUACACUGUCCGGAUUUUGUAUCCACGGAAGGAACUACGAACUGGGAUUAAUUCUAAUUCGCUGCUGCGCUUGAAUGUUAAAACAAACUCAAAAUUGCUUACGUUCGGGAGAAGCACGGCUCUUCUGCAAGGUCGUCCUCGUCCUCAGAAGAAGACCUCAAUGAACGACGAGCUACGCUACCGAGCACAAGCAGCACGAGCGACCACCAAAACCCGAAUCAACCUAGCCGCUCCCAGAACCAUCAUCUAUACCAUCACCAUCACCACAACCCACACCACCACCAGCAGCAGCAGCGUGCCCGUCCCUCAACGUCUUCUUCAUCGUCGUCCUCGUCAUCGUCAUCUCCGCCAUCGUCGUCUGCACCUUUAGACAGAUCCCCUCGUGCUAUUGGUGGCAGCAAAGCCGGAUCGGCCGUGGAGCAUAAGGAGGACAAACUGAGUCGGCGGCAACGACAGCAGCAGCAGAAAGAGGAUCAGGACAAGCAGCAGCAGCAGCGUAGAAAAUCGCAAAGACGCAAAAGACACUCUCCGCUAGAGAAGCCUGAUAAGCGUAGAUCAGCGGAGGAAAACAAGGGGGAGGGGCUCGAGGACAAAGAGGGUUGUUCCUUGACCAGUCCCCACAGCAAACGGCGAAGAAUGUUGAACGAUAGCAAUAAUGUUAACGGGACUUUGUCCUCAGCCUCCCCGAUGGAUUCGACCUCGUGCGAUAUGAACGGUCACAAUAGUGCCGUCAUCAGUAGCAAUAAUGGUCAACCGCAGGAACAGGGUGAGACUAGCAGCAAUGGCGUUACUGUGGCCACAAAUGGGGAGAGCUCGGGAACGCCUCGCACCAUGAUAAAAUUAGACAAGACUAAUCAGGAAAUCGUACGAUUGAUUGGUCAACAUUUGAAAAAUAUUGGAUUGGACAGAAGUGCGGAGACGCUGAUGCAAGAGUCUGGUUGUUGCCUGGAGCAUCCUUCUGCCAGCAAAUUCCGUCAGCAUGUACUCUCCGGUGACUGGACCAAAGCUGAUCACGAUCUCGCUGAGCUACAGUCGAUGGUUGACCCCAAAACCGAUCGCACCAGUAUGAACGAAAUGAAAUUUCUUCUUCUAGAACAAAAAUAUCUGGAGUUUCUAGAGGAAGGCCGUCCUAUCGAUGCAUUGCACGUGUUACGUAAUGAGUUAACACCACUGCAACACAACACACCCCGAGUGCAUCAGUUGUCAUCGUACAUGAUGUGCACCAACAAUCAAGAACUUUACCAGCGAGCAAAUUGGGAUGGUAAGGGCGUCAAAUCCCGCACUCGACUAAUGGAUCGCUUGCAAUCGUAUCUGCCGGCAACGGUCAUGUUGCCCCCCAGACGGUUACGGUCGCUGCUUGCACAAUCGGUGGAAAUGCAAACCGAGCGCUGCCAAUGUCACGAUAUGGCCUGGAGCACGAACAUCGACAAUGUGUCACUUUUGGUCGAUCAUAAUUGCUCAUCGGAAGGUUUUCCUAUGCAAGCCUUGCACGUACUGAACGAUCACUCCGAUGAGGUGUGGUUCUGUAAGUUCUCCCCCAAUGGCUUAAGACUAGCCACUGGUUCUAAAGACAACACCGUCAUUGUCUGGGAGGUGGAUCCGGUCAAGCUGGUUCUGAAGAACAAACGAACGUUCGAUGGGCAUACCUACGGCGUAUCGUUCAUUGCUUGGAGUCCGGACUCGAAGCAUUUCAUCGUUUGUGGACCGGAAGACUGUCCAGAUUUGUGGAUUUGGGAUGUUGAGCAUGAAAAGUUGGUAACGAAAGUGUCCCAUUCUACCGAUGACAGUCUGACAUGUGCCGCAUUUAACAAGGACGGAACACGCUUCGUUACUGGAGGAACCCGCGGUCAGUUUUAUCUUGUUGACUUGGACGGUACUGUCCACGACAAUUGGGAAGGCGUUCGCGUUAACGGUCUUGCCUUCCGAGCCGAUAAUAAAACCAUUCUCGCUGCCGAUACACACUACCGAAUACGGGGCUACAGCUUCGACAAUCCACGCAACGAUUACAACAUCGUUCAAGAGCAGUGCCCUAUUAUGACAUUCUCGGUGAAUUCGGCAGAUCGUUUGGCAUUGCUGAAUAUCUCCUCCCAAGGACUUCAUCUGUGGGAUCUGCAAGAUAAAUGCCUAGUUCGACGUUUCCAGGGCGUGACACAAGGAAACUACACUAUCUAUUCCUGUUUUGGCGGUGUUAACGAGAGUUUCGUCGCUAGUGGAAGCGAGGACAACAAGGUCUACAUAUGGCACAUCCGGCGGGAAGAACCGCUGGCCACGCUGGUGGGGCACACGCGAACAGUUAACUGCGUCAGCUGGAAUCCCGUCUACCCAUCGCUGCUGGCAUCUGCUUCCGAUGAUGGCACCGUGCGGAUCUGGGGACCGAAACAACCGCAGCUAGCUUGGGCUGCCAGCAGCAAUAACGGUGACAGUGCAUCGAUCGCCUCCACUAGCUCCACUGCUUCGUCGGCAUCCUCCUCGUCGUCAUCUUCAUCCGGCGCGAACAAUGAUCUUAUAUCCAACUCAUCUUGGAAUAUCACAUAAUAUUAGAUGUUACAGCCCGCCCUUACCCUAAACUGAUCGUGUUAAGCAUUAUAUUCGGUUCAACAAUAUUAAAACUAAAUUUAGUAAAGUAACCCAACGCUAAUAUGAAGGCAAAUAAUAUUAUUGUAAUUAAAAAAAAAAACAUCAAAAUGAAGUAGAUGCGGGAUAGACGCGCAGCAUAAGCUACUAUAUUAAAUAUAAUAAUUUAAUAAAGGUAAUUAUUAUAAUCGAAUCAGAUCAAAAACCGCGGCAGGAGUAGUGCCUCGGUUAUCAGCUAAUCGAGCAUCGGUUCAAGUAUCCUGACCGAAUUCAAAACAUUAUCAUCAAGGCUUGGUAAUAAUAAUGCAAUCAGUAUAAUCAGCAUCAAAUCGCGAUGAUCAACAACCGGUGAAGCUCUAUUCAUGCGAUUCUCAUUACAACAAGUCGUACCCACAGUUCGCCGUAGUUUCAGUAGUUGAAUAAACGACAGUCAUGGCGCAUUAGGUAAACUUAGAAACUAAAAAAAAAAACACUUCAGCCAAUGAGUAAAAUUUUCCCGAUCUAGGAUGGUCAUUCGAGACAUAUGAUAAUAGGUCAAAAACAAAAAUAUUAAACGACAAAUUCAAUUUAAUCAGGUACAGAACAAGCGCCCCGAAGAAUGCAGGGAGAGGUGAUGAAAGCAUGAAUUACUUCUUGUAUUGUUUGGCAUAAUAUUUUAACUGUAAUACGACAAAAACGCCUGGUUCCGAACAAUGGCAAGUGAGCGAAUCGCCGAUGACCAGUACACCAACGCACGCACGCGAACACAGGCAUGGUUUCAAUUAAUUUCUUGGAGUAACUAUUCGAAGCACUGUGUAAAAUAGUUAGCGUAAAAAAAGCCGCACACACAGUACAUACUGUGGUGUAUUUUCUCUCUUCACGCCACUGUGUAGCAAUUUAGUCGAUUGGCGUUUGGCCAAAAAUGUGUGUAGGUUACUUACUGUUCUGUUGGUUUUAACCGUAAAAACGUACCAUUUGGUUCCAAGAAAAAUCUAUUUAUGCACAUUGUCGCUUUGGUAGUUUUAAUCAGAUAAUACAUAAAAUCGCUAGUAGAGCAAUGAGCAGAGAAUUUGUUUUUCUUCUAUUAGUUACUGAUUUGAUAGGUCUUAUGUACACAAAAUAAUUAGUUUUAAUUUAUUGAUCUUACAACAACACACUAUUCACAAAUUGAAGUAUGAAGCAAUGAAGUAAGAAGCAAGAGAAGAUAGAAACCAGAUUAGGUUUGAUUUUAUAGGUUUUCAUGAUUUAUAGUCGAUUGUUUUCCCAUCUCUCAGAUUGAUUUUAACGCGUUUACCGUUCAUUAUAAAGCACAGGUAGGUUUGUACUAUAAGAUGGUAAAGAUUGCAGUGCAGACGAAAGAUGCAGAAAAACAGAUGAAAUAAUUUGCCGGAAAGUGAAGUUGUGAAAUAUGUAUUUUACUGAAAUAAAGUUUUAAGCUGACCGAUUUGGGAUUAAACAAUAGCGACAAAA